UGUAUGCUGUCAGAGAUUUCUCACCUCUGAAUCACAAGUUACGUGCGUUUGAACGAACUUAAAUCAGCUACGGACCUUUGAAGUGGACUGCAAAGGCGUGAUUCUGCGAUGGCUGCAAUGGCUAAAUGGAACAAGAAGCCUAGAGGUCAGCUGAAAGAUAUUGGCUACAGUUCUGGAGACCACGGCUAUGGACAGCUUGGCAAGCCGACCUUCCAGCGGUACAACGCCACGCUGGGAUGCUUCGAGGACGUCCCGUGCCCGGUCGAUCUCGGCUUGCACGCUGCCGGACUGACGGGUGCGCCGCCCAAGAAGUCCCGCAUCAAGGUGGUGGUGAAGCCGUACACGGACGAGACGGGGGCGGUGAUCGCGCCGCCACCGGUGCCGCCGCCGCCGCCGCCGCUGCCGCAGCGCGUGGCUCGCUACGAGGAGGUCGUGGAGGAGGAUGGCCAGGUGGUGGUGCACGUGCCGGACAGCGCGGCCGGUCCGGACGGCGUCAUCCGCCUGCUGCAGGUGGAGAACGAGGACGGCACGGUGCACUACAUCUCGGCGGAGCAGACAGGCGCGGAGCAGGACUACACCGUGGAGGACGCCAUGGAGAUGAUCCUGACCGAGGGCAACGCAGUGGUCGAGCAGGGCGUCGCCGACCAGCACAUCGUCAUUCAGAACGUGACCACCGAGGAGGCGCCGGACGCCGGCCAGGAGCCUGCGGAGCCGGAGCCGGAGACGGAGCCGGACUGGAGCUGA